UAUAAGUCAAUUGGUAUAAGAAAGAACUAUGUGGUUUGACAAUGUGUCGGUCGUUGAAACUGUUCUUCUUAGUUUUUUCCAUUAACCACAGGAUUUUAAGUGGGAUUAAAUUUUUAAAUAAUGUCAAGCACAAUUCAGAAGUUUUCUAAAUGUAUGGUGUUUAGUGACAGGUCAUGAUUAUUUGGAGAUCGUGUGAUGCGGUCUGGUAUUCAAUGUUAUUGAAUUUGCCAGUCUAGUUUCCAUUGUUUUUCUCCUUUUACUUAUUUAAGCAAGAAAUAAAGACAAAGAAAGAAUGUGAUAUAGAUAAAUAGGUACAUAGGCAGCUAAAUAGAGGGAAACAUGGUGUGAAAUGAAAGAAAGGAGUAGGCAAAGUGCUAGAGAAUGCCGAGCAAGGAAGAAAUUGAGGUACCAGUACCUGGAAGAACUGGUCACAGACAGAGAAAAAGCGGUAAUUGCAUUACGCAAAGAGCUCGAAAAGUACCGUUCUUGGGGGAAAGAUCUGGAUGAAGGAAGGCUCCCUGAGGGUUUUGAAGAGUUCCUAGAAGAAUACGGGGCAGUUAAACAAGAACUAUGAAUUACUCUCAUUUCAAAGAAGUAUGAAAUGAGUGUGUUCAUGAACAUUGAAUUAAAAAACAAAAUUAAUUAUUAAUUUAAUUAAAUCGUAAUCAUUGUUUGGCAUGUUAAAAGGUACUCACAACUUAUGAAGGCUACAUUUCAGCAUCCACUUUUAUUUAUUUUACACCAAAUUUUUUACUAUUCUUUAAUUGUUGUCAGCACAAACAUUCAUAAAUGCACAUGGAAGAAUGUUCUUUAUAAUUAGAAAUGAUUUUUUAUGUCAGAAUACCUAUGUUACAGCUUUUAUCUUUUUAGUGGCUGAAUGUUAUGUUGUCUUCCUAAGUAGAAUUAUAUGUGAAUGUGUACAUAUUACAAUAUAAAAUAUAUAGUCAUUUUUUCAAUUUUUUUCUCAGAAUAAUAUUUUUAAUAGAAUAGAAUUAAUAGCACCGUGCAGGCUUCCUUUAAAAUGUUUAAAACAUUGUUAUAAUUUAAUAAAUAGAUAAGUUUACUAAAUAAAAUGAGUUGGGUAUUCUCUAAACAUUUUGUUCUAAAAUUGAAAUCUAAAGACAGUAUACAAUCAAAUUAAGCUAUGAUUCUAAUGAUACAAAUUUUAUCUAUGUAAUAAAUCAUCACGAUUACAAUUUUUAAUUUAAAUAUAUUUAUUGUAGAUUAGUCAUUUCCAUUCAUGAUAUAAUUUUGAUUUGCUUAUCUCUCUGUUUUUAUAAGCAGGAUACGACUCAGCUACAUGCUUUGCCUUGUCGACCUCAAGAGAAAAUCUUUCAAAUUAAUUGCUAAUGAAUUAAUGUUUUUUUUUUUUUUUUUUUUUUACAAUCGUAUUGUAGAGGCGAUUUUUGUAAACAGCUGAGUUGUUAAUUGUGAAUGUGUAAAUAACUAUGUAUUUUUUCAGAUGUACAUUUAUGUAAAAAUGAGGUUUAAUGGAGCUAAAUAUUACUUUGUGUAGUUAUUAGACUACUUGGAUUCCUCUGCAUGUGAAUUAUGUUUUUUUCUGCUAUUAUGACAGGAAAAUGCAAAUUCUACUUGCAAUUCAAUCCUAAAAGUAACUAGUCUUAAACAGCAUUAUCAAGAAAAUUAAACUUCUAAUGAUGCAGGGUCCAAAAAAGAGAAAACCUAAUUUUGCUGUGAAUAUUUUUGUAAAAAUGUGUAUUUAAGAUAUAAUCAUAUUAAAACGCAUAUUAUUAUGUUGCUCUCA